AUGGCCCGCAGGGCGAAGGCGGGUUUCGAACUUCUGAGGGAUCUGGAGGAAGACUCGGAAGAGGACGAGAUUUCGGAGAGCCUUCGCACGCAAGAGGAAAACACAGAAGACAAAGUACAGACCAGUGCUCAGAGGCAGUGGGUGGACGAUGACACCAAUUCAGGGUGGCAAACAGUGGCUGCAAACAAAAAUGACGUCCUGUGUAGAUUCUUUGCAAGUGGCCAGUGCACAAAAGGCAGCGCCUGCAAUUUUGUGCAUGUGAGGAAACCUGUGCCACCGCAGCGUCCACCAGCUGAUGUGUCAACGACUGGGAAGGAUAGAGUUCCCUCAUCUUCCAAAGCGAGUGGAUCGGGGAUUAAUCACGCUUUGUACAAAACUGAGCUUUGUAUACAUUAUAAUGCUGGAUACUGUCCUCAUGCGCAUAAAUGCUGCUUUGCUCAUGGUAAACAUGAGCUCCGACCAAGAGCGAAUGCUCACAACAAGGUUGCAGCAAAGAGCACUGACAAGCCGAAUCCAAAGGCCAGCAGUGCCCCGCCAGGCUUCCCAGCAAGAGAUUCGCCUGAAUUCACAACUUAUUUGCAGUCUCUGGUCAGAGAAUUUCAGCAUGCUCAGAACCUGUACCUUGUGAGGGACUAUGACCUCGCUUGGAAGGCCCAGGAGGGGGUUCGCCUUGAGAUGGCAGCCAAGAAGUUUGCGACCUCCCCCGCAGCGGCAGCAAAGAUUGCCGCACUACAAGAGCAGCUGGAUGGACUGUGCGCGAAAAUCUCACAGGCAAGGCAAGCUGAACUGGAACGCAAGCAAAGGGAAGCUGAAGAACAAAAGAGACAGGCAGAAAGAGAGGCGCAUGAGCAACGACAGCAGCUCUAUCAGAGUCGGGAAGAACGAAAAGAGAUGAGGCAAACAGCAGGAUCUCUUGAAGCUGAAGUUGAAAAAAUAAGGCAGAAUGAGAGGAUCGCGGCGUCGGCCAGGUGGGCGAAUUCCCUCCAGAAGAGCUGCAGAGAAGGGAAUUUUGAAGAUGCUGAGAAGGCCCUUCUGGAACUUGAAGAUCUGAAAGUAUUGGAACACAGUUUAACUGGUGAUUCCAAGAGCUUUGAAGGAUACAUACAAACCUGCAUGUGGGAGGCUGCUGUUGAAGGGGACAAUGAGGACAUUGUGGACUUGCUGAGCAAAAAAUGCGGCUCAACGCCCUGGUAUGGGUUGCAUGCAACUGCAAGCAUCAUCGAAGUUCUCAUCAGGCGGCAAAGGUUUCGACUGGCAGGCAAAGCUGUGGAUGCAGUUGCCAAGCAUGCAAAUGGGCUGCUGGGUAACUACCUCCGCACCUUACCGGCAAAUCCUCUUGUGCUGGCACUGAGUAAUGAAGCGCCGUUGGAGUUCCUGGAGACCCUGAUACCAGCAAUGAAAAUUUGUGGGUGCAAUGUGGAGGAAGAUGUUCAGGGUGAAACACCGCUCAUGGCUGCCUUGAAGUCAGAAGACCUGACCAAAAUCAGGCUGGUGAUGCAGCACUCCACGAUCACCAGAAAAUUCAAGGACAGUGUGGAGAUGACAGCCAUCUUUUACUGUGUCGGUCUGCGCUCAGAAGCCAUAUUGAAAUGCGUUCUGGAAAGGCUUCAAGAAGAGAAGCCUGACCAAAUGGAAUUCGUCAGCUUUGUUGACACUGUAUGCCGAGGCAUGACUGCUCUCUUCAGAGCUGUUGAGCUGAAUGAUACUGGCAUUGCCGGCAUGCUUGUAGACUACAAUGCCGACCCACUAAAGGACUGUCGGGCCAGUGGUGGAAGGUCCACACCAGUCACAACACCCAUGCAUUUGGCAACAGCAAGGAGUUUCAAGUCGUUGGUGGAAAAGAUGCUGAGAAAGCUGCCCAGUACUGAACUGCUCAAUUGCAAGACUGAUGGCAAGGGCAACACACUUCUGCACAUUGCCCUCCAAAAGGGGGCUGUCCAAAUGGCAAAGCUCCUGCUCAAUGAGGGGGCCAGCCUGAUGCCACUGAAUGCAGAAUCUGAAUCGCCUCUUCUGCUGGCAAUCGAGAACCACAAGAAAUGGGAGGCACGCUGCGGCAAGGCAGUGGAGAAAUUCAUGCACAGUCUGCUGCAGACUUGGCAACCUGUGGACCUGGGAAGUGUCUUGGUCUCAGCUCAAAAGCAAGAGCGCCGGGACAACAUCACAAGGUGGCUGCUUGAGAACCGAGGUCACACACUGGAUCCACUUGUGCAUGACAAGAAAUUGCAGACUCAGGCAUGCCAGGUGGCGAUUCACCAAAAGAACUUCCCUGCUGUGGCGUUCCUUUUGGAGCAUGUCAAUGGACUGGACAUGACAGGAAUGAAUAUUUAUGACAUCAUCACGGUUGCUCCAAUUCAGAUGAUUUCAGAUCUGCUCGCGCGGGGUGCAGAUAGUAACAGCCGAGAUGCAGGAACUGGCAAGUUCCUCCUUCAUGCAGCUGUGGAAUCGGCAAACGAGGAACUGAUCGAUGUCCUCCUAGCAGCCAAUGCGAAUGCCAGCCUUCGGGAAGCCAAUGGGAACACAAUUCUUCACAGUGCAGCAAGGCUAUCAGACCCGGACAUGAGGAGAACAUUGUGCCAGAAACUGGGGUCCAAAUUUCCAGAGUUGUUAACUGCAGUGAACAAUGACCUUGCCACACCAAUGAAAUAUGCAAAAUCCAAGAGCAUAAAGCACUUUCUUCGCGAUCUUGAAAGGAACAGAGGGGCUACAGGUAGUGACACCAGCGAGGUGGUCCCAGCAGCUGCUGCAAGCACAGACUCUGAAGCUAGUUGUCCAGAUGUACCUUGCAGCAAACCACGCAGAAAUGUGUCAAACCUCUCUCCGUCAAUCACAGAGCAUCUCUUGCCUCGAUAUGAAGAUGAUGCUGCAAGGCAAAAGAGAUUGAGUUUGGCAAUGGAGAGGGUGAUCGAGCUGCACAGGCGGAGUAUGCAGAAGGAGGAUGACAACCAUACCACUGGUGUUCCUUCCAAGAAUGUAAGUGGCCCAGAGCUGGGGCCAGUUCCCCCUGAGGCUGCAGCUGCAGUCCUGGAAGAUGUUCAAGCAAGAGAUGUUGAAGAAUUGGGGCCAGAUGCAUUGGCCAAGCUUCCAUGGGAGUUUGAAAUCACCAAAGAGGCCUACAGGGAGUGGGCAUCAAUGGACAGGGUCACACGGCAAAACAUCUUGAGGGCACUGCAGCGCAUUGGGGUUGGUCACUGGGCCUUUGAUGAUGAUACAAAAGGGUUGCAAGCUGGAGAGUCGGACUUGGGAACGCUGGAACUUUGGUGCACCCAGUUUGGCAUGAGGGGCCGCAUUGUGUUUGAGGUCUGUGUGGACUACAGUGAAGCCAAUCGCGCCUGGACAGAUAUGCUGAGGAUAUGGACCAUCACCCAAAGCCAAGAGGAGUAUGAAAAGUGCCUGCAGAACAUACAUGCCAGUCAUGAGCGCAGCUAUCAGGUACUGCAAAAGUUGCAGCUGGAGCCCCUGAGGAACAUAGGCAGGCAGUCCUGUGAGCAGGGCCAGCGGCUCCCCAACCAAUAUGACCACCGCCGCAGCACCGAAGAAGAUGUGGGGCAGCCAAGCAAGUCCAAUCAAAUCAACUGGACGGAAUACUGCCCUCCGGCAAGCUUCUCUGCCGAUGCCUACACGUUGCUCAAGUUCUAUGCUGUGGAGCCGCCGGUGGUCAAGAGUGCCCUUGCAGGCUUGGACGAAACAAAGGUUGACUUCCCAUUCAAGGUGUCACCUGCAGAAAAUUCCAUCAUCCAUAUGGCACCUUCUCCUCCUGCGUCGCUCAUUUUGGUGGGGAGAAGCGGCACAGGAAAGACCACAUGCAUCGUGUACCGCAUGUGGGCCAACUGGCUUCGCCUAUGCAGAGAGAAAGAUGAAGCCUAUCACCAGAUUUUUGUAACAGCAAGUGCGACUUUGAAAGACCAGGUCUCAAGGACGUUCAGGAAGCUCCAGGGUGCAGUGCUGUCAGCAGAGGAAGUUCGUGACCUUGCAGAACUGGCUAAUGGAGAGUACCCCACACUCAGCGAAAUCCCAUCGGCAGCCUUUCCCCUGUUCUUGACCACACGCCAGCACCUGCAAAUGCUGGAUGGUACCCUCAGGGAGCCGUUCUUCCCAAGGCAUGAGAAUGGGGCCAUCGACUAUGACAAUGAUGAAGAAUUGGAUCCCGAUGGGAUGGAAUUCAAGGUCAACCUUGACUUGGACCUUGAAGAAGAGGAAGGAGAGGAGGAAGCUGGAGAGGGAGCAGAUGAGGAGGACAGGAUUGGCGAUGUUGCACUUGGUGACAGGCAGGCCGCAAACAGGCAUGGAGAUGCACCACGAAUGCAGAAUGCCAGGACGAUGAGAUCCCGCAUCACAUACCAAUACUUUGUAGAAGUCUUGUGGAAGAAGCUCACCAACAAGGAGGAACGUCAGGACUUGAAGCCAUCUCUUGUGUUCCAAGAGAUCCUGUCGUACAUCAAGGGUAGUGCUGAAGCCCUGGAGUCUGAAAGCGGCCAUCUCACUCUUGAAGAGUAUUUGGAAGUUGGCAGGAAACGUGCUCCAAACUACAGUUCCGACCUGCGGCGCAAGGUGUACCCUGUAUACUUGAGAUACGAGCAUGAGAAGAGAACUCGAUUUCAUUAUGACACGCUGGACUUGGUAGGGCACAUCUACCGCAGGCUGCAGGUUGAGGGCUACAGAGGCACGCCAGUGCACAGCAUGUUUCGUGACGAAGUUCAGGACUUCACACAGGCAGAACUUUUGCUGGAUCUGAGGACCGUCAAAGACCCCAACGGAAUAUUCUAUUCAGGAGACACAGCACAGACGAUCGCCCGUGGUGUCGGAUUCCGUUUUGAAGACAUUGGAACGCUUUUUUACACGGAAGGCAAGAAAUGGCAUCGAUCAGCAGAGAAUGAAUUCGAUGUGGGGAAGCCCUUGUUGAAGAACUUGCUCAUCAACUACAGAACACAUUCAGGCAUCCUGAACGUCGCUUCCAGCAUCGUUGACUUGAUCAAGCGCUUCUUCCCUCAGUACAUGGACAUCUUGGAGAGGGAACGAGCGUUUUUUGUGGGGCCAAAGCCAUUGCUGCUGACUGGUAUCAGGAGCGAUGAUCUCACCAUCCUUGUGUCUGGAAGUGACCAGCGGCUGUCUAAUGUUGAGUUUGGAGCCCACCAAGUGAUCUUGCUCCGAAACACAACCAGCAUCGACAACCUACCGGAGCCGAUUCGAAACAGUGGGGCGCUGAUCAUGACUGUCUCGCAGUCCAAGGGACUAGAGUUUGACGAUGUCUUCCUGGUGGACUUCUUCAGCGAUUCGUUGGCAAGUCGCGAAUGGCGUGUGGUUGGACAAUACCUUGACAACCUCGCGGACCUGGAGAAACAAAGUGGUGCUGAGAACCUUCCAGGAGGCAUGCCCCUAGUGGAUGUCCAGGUUGAUGACGCAGAGAGAGGCCACAUUCGUGUUGUGGAAUUUGACAAGCGGGAACAUGUCCUGCUGUGUGAAGAAUUGAAGCAUUUGUACACUGCAGUCACAAGGGCCAAGAACAACUUGAUCAUAUUUGAUCAAAACAAGGCUAAACGAGCACCCAUGUUUCAUUACCUUGCUCGGCGGGGGCUUGCGCGUAUUGUGAAGCACUCACUGCUAACAGAUGGCCAAGAUGCCUCCAAGUAUGGCCUGAGCCAGACAACAAGCUCACCAGAGGAGUGGGCAAAGCGGGGCCUCAAUCUGUUGGACAACAAUCUCCAUGGUUUGGCAAUUCAGUGCUUCGAAAAGGCGGAAGAUGCAGCAUGGGCUCUGGUAGCAGAGGCGUACCACCAGAUCCAAAAGGCCAGAUCUGAAGAGAGAGCGACAGAAGCACGCCUACUGUUUGAACAGGCAGGGGAUAGGCUGCUGACUGCUGCCACAAACACAGAAAAGGCAGUGCUGCAAGUGACUGCCAACCAAGCAAUGCGAUGGCUGCACCUGGCAACUCGUUGUUAUGUCCAAGCAGAGGAUUUUGCCACUGCUGGCAGGAUUCUGAAGAGCAUUCGGCAGUUUUCAAGGGCUCGAAAUUAUCUUAUCAGGGCAGACAACUUUGAACUGGCAGCAGAGUGCUGUGAGGGCAAUGCUAAAGCUCAACCACAGUCUGCAACUCAGUCAUUAGUGAAUGCAUGCAAGCUCUAUUCAAGAGCAAGGAUGCAUUCCAAAUGCAUAUCGCUUUUCAAGGAGCACAACAUGGAGAAAUUUGAGGGAAUGGAGGCAAUCGCAGAGAAGGCACUCCAUAUCGCCCAUCGGAAAGGUGAUAUUGCUGGAAUUGUCGACUGUUGCCCGUUCCUUGAGCCUGGCAGCCGUGAGAAUGCUUUGAGGGAGCACGGUCACUGGGAGAUUCUGGCUGGUUACCUGCCAAAUAGAUUGGAAGGUGCGGAGCUUUUGGCAGCCUGUGGAAAGUUUCAGGAAGCUUCAAAUCUGCUGCUGAAACUCAAAGAUGACGACCUCGAUUUGGCUCACCGGCAAAGACUGCAUGGAUACUUGUUGAAGGUUGGAAGCCAGGAAUCAUGCCUGCAAGCUCUGCAGCUCUGGAGCACCAGAGACUAUGCAGCUGACAAGUAUGCGCGGCUGCGAGGGGAUGCCCUGCUUGGCAUGUUGCAGGCACACAUCAGAGGCCUCAAAGGCAAAGGCCAUUCUUCCGAUUCUGUGGCAGAGUUGGUUUCUGUGGCAGAGGAGGCUUGGCAACACUUCUGCAAAGCUAUGAACCCCCUGGGAAUACUGGAAGUCCUGACAGCCUUGAAGGAACUGAUGCUUUCCUUUCCUAACCUGACUCUACAGGAUGUCAGCAUGUCGAUGGCAAAGAUUGAGGUCUCUGCAGAUUGUGGUGCUCGUGUGUGCAAAAUAUUGGAGGAUUUGAAGUCUUGUGAAGACAAUCAAGACAUGAACCAGAAAGGACUGGGAACAUAUGCAGCACAUUUCGGAAUCCACCAGAUAUCUCAACAUGUGAAGCUGGUGCCCUUCAGAUGCGACUCAAUCCGUUUGCAGCGUGCGCUGCCUGUGGACUUCUCAGCACAGUUUCAACAAACAGGUUGCUCUCAUGGAGGAAUGCAGGGUGUACAGAGGCCACGGCCUUCUCCUGCAACCAAAAUUGCUUGGGGACAAGUCAAGAAACACACAGAGGUGGACAUCUGUCUUCAGAUGUCCAAGGGUCUUAAGCACUUGCUGGAGGUCUUGACUAAGUCCCUUGUCAGAUCGGUUUGGCACGGCACCCCCAGAGCCACCAUGAAGAAUCACCAUUCUGAAGCCACAACACACUUGGAGAGUUCUAUCGUGGCAUAUCGCAUUCAUCUCAGCUUGCUCCGUCUGCUGCGGAUCGUGCCGCCUUUUGUGCUUGGGAAGGAGCACAAAGAUCUGCAACAGGAUUUGAAGCCCCUUGGGCGUCAGAUCAUGGUGCUUUUGACUGCAGGGCUUUAUUCGCCAUUUGCCCUUCAGAUGGAAGAACCUGACCCAACGUCCCAAUUCAAGGUGACCAGCGAACGCAAGGGGUUGACAAGGAAGGAAAUUGGUAUGGUACCAAAGGAUGUGCACUGGCUGUAUGACAACAGGGAGAACCUGCAGCCCCGAGACAAGAUUUUGGACCCCAAUGUGCACUACUGGCUUGUCAGGUCAAUUUUUGACUUCCCUGCUACAGCCAAAUAUGUGCCUCCCCCAGAGGCUCUGUUGAAGAAGAGAUUCGAUUAUGCCUCAAAGGCGGCACGGAAUGACCGCUGGAGGCAGGGGUACAUGCGGCAAAUGUUCAGGAAUGUGCAACAGCAGUGGUGUGUCGACGGUCACCUGUUGUUAAAGGCAAGCACCCCUGAAAUCCCACAGGAGGGCGUCCACUCGAUUCUGUUGUUUCUGGCACGGUCAAGAGUGCUUGAGGAGAUGCAUCAAGACAGGCCAUGCCUGUCUCUUCAGUGCUAUGUAGAGCUCCUUGAACAAGCGGCUGGGCUCUUGCUGCUUGGGCUGGGUGACAGAGCAUACAUCCCUGGCCACAUCACCUCCACCAUCAAACAUUCUGGGAUUCUGCCUCGCGAUGGACUCGAAAGUUGCUUUCACUUCUGGAGGCCAAAAGAACGCCCACACCCCCGCAAGGAUGGCAUUGAUGACAGCCCGAGGGCCUGUCUGUUGUUGCUUGUGAGACUGUUGCACGAUCUUGCAACCAAGGUGUUAGGAGACAAUCGGAGGUGCUGUUCCCUUGAGCAGCAUAUGCUGCGUCUCUUCGUCAGCGCAAAGACGAAGAAGCAAAGCCGGGUAGCAACAGCAGAAGCAACCUGGAUGAGUGAGCACAUGGCAAUGAGGACGCAACUGCUGUGCGGGAGCGUGUGCCUGUCCCUUUUGAUGAAUACGGAGCAGGAGCUGAAAAUUGAGCAGGAUGUGAAAACGUGGUGUCUUUUUACGAUCGACCAGUCACUUCAGAAAAUUGUUACAAAGACAGCAGGUGCCAGCAGCCAGGGGCAAAAUAUGAGCACACUCUUGAGCGUCUCGGUGAAGGACUUCUCCAAGGCCGUAGUCGAUGUCUCAGGGACCCUCGGAUCAGGAAUGAUGGAAGUCGAAAAAGGGAAGGAACGUGUGUUCGACAAGUUUCCAAAUCAGUUUCCAAAGGAAAAGAAGAGGAAGAAUGUGCUCGUAAAGGCGAAAGUGAAGCUGCCUCCAUCUGGUAGUGAGCAAGCACGAAAUGCGGAACAUCUGCUGCGGUUGCCUCCACCAGGAGAGUUGUUCAUCGAGACAGAAAAAGAGACCGUGGAAUCCAGAGAAAAAGCUCGGAAGGAUGAUGCUGCAAACGUCAUUCAGAAGCAUUGGAAGAUUUACUCGUCGUGGCUCAAGAGGUUGAGGGCGCUCAAAGUGAUGAGGUUGUGGAAUCCAACGUUUCGAGCCAGCUUUCAUCGGUUCACCCUUCAGCUUCGGGAGAGACUGGCAUCGCGGAAACGGGCAGACGAACUUGCUGCAGAGGAGGCAGUCCGGCAAUAUGAUCUAAAGGACUAUAAAUCUCGCCUGGCAUGGGUUCGUAAUGGGCUGGACGGUGGCAUGGGUGCGGCAUGCACAGUCUGUCCUCUCUCAGAUGUCGAUGGUGGACCAGAUGGCGAAGCGCCAGAGAUCGCCCACAGAGCGACUGAGGCACAUGAGCGCUGCGUGAGCGAUUUUGAGGACUACUACAAGUUUCAAGAGGAGGUGGUCACUGUGCUGCGCGAGGGGGAAGCGAAACAUGCGGAAGUGGUCGAAUUGCAGAAAACGUGCGGCGAUGAUGCCGUUGAUCUCUACGUACAGCUUAUGAAACUGACAGGGGAACUGCGAACGGAGUCGAUCGCCAACGCCAUUGAGGCACUAGAGGGAUCCCGCAAAUGGCGAGGCAGGGAAGCGCUCCAGGUAUGCCUGGAGAAGCUGAAAUGUGCCACCGAGGAGUGCACCAAAUGGUUACAUGAUUACAAGGCGCAAAAAACGUUGAAUGCAGAACAGGAGGGUGCUGGAGGAUCGAACGGACCGCGGGAUGCUCAAGGGUCUGCCAUUGAAGGCGAUUUGCAAUACGAGGGGGAGCGGGAGGCGGACGAUUUGUUGCCUGACUGGGAAGUGACAGAGAAGCAAAACGGAAAAUGGAGACGGAGACGGUACCCUAGGAAAUUGGUGAAAGCGACUGACAACCGCAGAGGGGCACCGAGAUAG